AUGGAUCAAAUAAUUGUUUCCGAGCGAUUUUAUAUACUUCAAAUGCGUUACGUGGCCGCUUACUUAUUGGCUGUUAUCGGUGGCAAAGCCUCACCAACGCAAAAUGACAUCGAGAAAAUCCUCUCAUCUGACAAGAAAGCCGCCAAAGAAGACUCUGAGUCAGACGAUGAUGACAUGGGCUUCGGUCUGUUCGACUAA